ACACACACACACACACACACAGGAGCAUAGCUGAGAGGCAAGGACUGCAGCAGCAUGCACCAACUGCGGCUGAGCUGUUCGGGGACAUGAGGAAGGGGAGCUGAGGAGAAAAUCGAGCGUGUUAUCACACACCAGCCUGUGUGUGCAUCUUGCAGUGGUGGGAAGGAGGCAUUUCUAGAGAAGAUAGCUUAUGUUAUCUGGCCUCCUCUGCACUGCCUCUGCAUCCCAUUCACCCUGCUCCUCCCACACUAACUCUUCCUCCUCCUCCUGUCUACAGCUUCAUUACACAGACUGACCGGGACUGGUGUUUGCUGGAUGGUCCGGUUUGCCCCGGCUGGAAGAUCAUCCUGUGGCUAUGCUACUCCUCCUCCUCCUCCUCCUCCGCUAAUGGCUGGAUUCUAAUCGACACUCGGGCGGAGAGACAACUCACAACCUACGCGGAAUCUUGGAUGUGUGCAUCUGCCAGUGUUUUCAUUGGCGCAUUUACUCUUUUUCGCCGGGUGUUUUUUGCCUUCCCGAGGACUGGCUAGCAGGCACUGCAGCAUCAGCACCGCAAGAAGUAGUGGGACAUGAGGACCCAGGGGCGACCCAAAGGAAGGGCUUGAGAGCAUCCAUUGCUACCAGUGCUGCUGAGCUGAGUGACUGGGACAGCGGGUGGAAGAGAAGAUGCUUAUGGCCCGGGACACGGCGCGGGAUGAAGCUCAAAAGCUACACAGGAAGUGGCUGAAGCACCAGGCCUUUAUGGCAGAGCUGGCCCGCAAUAAAGAAUGGCUGGCCAAGAUAGAGCAGGAGGGUCUCGAGCUGAUCCAGGAGAAGCCGGAGCUUCAGUCUGUGGUGCAGCAGAAGCUGGAGGAGAUCCGCGAGUGCUGGUCCGACCUGGAGACCACGACGAAAGCUAAAGCCCGGCAGCUCUUUGAGAACAACAAGCCGGAGCCGGUGGUCAAGAGCUACUCGGACCUGGACCACCAGCUCUCUCACUUGGAGCAGCAGCCCCCUCAGCUGGAGCAGGCCCACCAUCUGCCCACCUUCAAUGAGCAGCUCCAAAAAUUCCAGGCGAUGGAGUCUCAGAUGGGGGACUUUUACAAGGAGGUAGGAGAGCUGGAAGGCUUGCAGGGGGUUUGCAUUCCCCAGCAGAAUCAGAUGGCUGGAGAGAAGGAGGGAGGGGAGCAGUCAGCCAUGGUGGAGACCCGCAUCGUCCGCCUCAUUGAGCCUCUGAAGGAGAGGCGCCGCAUCCUGCUGGCUUCCAAAGAGAUGCACCAAGUCGCACAGGACCUGGAGGAUGAGAUUAUGUGGAUCCAGGAGAGACUCCCAGUGGCCUCCUGCAAGGAUUAUGGCAAUAACCUUCAGAAUGUCCAGCAGCAUGUGAAGAGGAAUCAGACCCUCCAAAGGGAGCUGACCGGACGGCGAGCACGAGUCGAGGAGGUUUUGGAUCGGGCGGGGAUAAUCGCGUCACUGCGCACCCCCGAGGUUGAGUUUGUGCGUGAAGGGGCUGGUCAUGUCAGGCAGCUGUGGGAGGUGUUACAGCUGGAGACGGAGCGGCGGUCUGUGCUGCUGGAUGCCACGCUGCAGUCCCAACAGUAUUACAGCGACGCUGCCAAGGUGGAGUCCUGGCUGUCGGGCCAGAAGCUGCAGUUGGUCAACGAGGAGAAAGGCAACGACGAAGCCAGCACACUGCAGCUGCUAAAAUCCCACCUGGCCCUCGAGCAAACAGUAGAGACCUACGCCGAGACAGUGGGCAUGUUAUCGCAGCAGUGCCAGCGUCUGCUGGAGCUGGGACAUCCUGAGAGUGAGCAGAUCACCAAGCAGCAGUCGCACAUCGACCGGCUCUACGUGUCCUUGAAGGACAUGGUGGAGCACAGGAAGACCAAGCUGGAGCAGCAGUACUGGCUUUACCAGCUCAACAAGGAUGUGGAGGAGCUGGAGAAGUGGAUCACCGAGAGGGAGGCCAUCGCCAGUUCUACCGAGCUGGGUCAGGACCUGGAGGACGUCACGGUGCUCCAAGAGAAGUUCACCAAGUUCGCCUCGGAAACCAAUGGCAUCGGCCAGCAGCGGAUGGAGCAGGUGAACAAAAUGGUGAACGAGAUGAUCGACUGCGGACAUUCGGACGCCGCAACGAUCGCAGAGUGGAAAGACGGUUUGAAUGAGUCCUGGGCCGACCUGCUGGAGCUGAUGGAGACCCGAAGACAGAUGUUGGCAGCAUCACACCAGCUUCACAAGUUCUUCACCGACUGCAAAGAGGUCUUGGCUCAGAUCGCGGGGAAGAUGAAGCAGCUGCCAGAGGUGAGGGCCUGCCAAGCCAACAUCACCAAUCCAGCCACCCUGCAGAGACUCAUGCACUCCUUUGAGCACGCCCUUCAACUCCUAGUAGCACAGGUCCGGCAGCUUCAGGAGAACGCAGCACAGCUGAGGACCAUCUACGCCGGAGAAAAGGCAGAAGCCAUUAUGGUUAAGGAACAGGAAGUGAUGGACGCCUGGAAGGAGCUUCUGAGCUCCUGCGAGGCCAGUCGGGUCCAACUGACAUCAGUGACCGACAAGGUCCAGUUCUUCUCUGUGGUGCGGGAAAACCUAAUGUGGAUGGAAGGGAUCAUGGGCCAGAUGGUGUGGGACGAGCCCAGGGACCUGACGGCCCUGGAGGUGCAGAUGAAGCAUCAUCAGGAAAUGAAAGCCAAAAUAGACGGGCGUGCCAAGACUAUACAGCAGUGUGCGGAUUUGGGGAAGAUCCUGAUCGCGGCCGGCAAUCCUGCAUCAGAAGAGAUAAAAGAAAAGCUGGACAGCCUUUUGGCCAAGCAGAAGGACGUGAUCGAGAAAUGGGACAAACACCAGGAUCGGUUACAGCACAAGCAGGAGAGUUUCCAGUUCGCCCAGGAGACGGUGAAGGCCGAGGCCUGGCUGAAGGCUAAGGAGCCGCUGAUCGCCUCCAAGGAGCCAUCGGGAGGAGAGGCCCGGGCUCAAACUGACGAGGUUGAGCAGCUCAUCCUUCGCCACGAGGCCUUCCGCAAGGCUGCUGUAACCUGGAAAGAACGCUUCAGCUCCCUCCGCCAGCUUUCUGCAGCCGAGAAGAAGAAAGAGGAGGAUAAAAAGACGACACCGCUCUCCAGCAGGAGGAUGUUCCCUCUUUCGUGUCUGACUCCCAGCAUUCCCUCCACCAGUUCCUCCUUCCUGAGGCAGACGGCACACAUGGAGCCCAAACCCUUACAAAGUAGUCUGGAUCUGGGCGCUACACCUGCAACGCAGAGAUUGUCAUCCUUUAUGAGCUACAACCCGGUCCUGAACGGGUCAGGCUAUCACGGACUGGAGCAACAGGGCAGCGGGAAGCUGAUGAGCUCCUCCUACCUGGGGAUGAACCAUCAGGUCUCCGGAGCUGGGAGCGACUCGGGUUUUUCGGCGCUCACGUCCCAGAGCGCCGGCGCGGACUCUUCUUUCCUUGGGAUAAACCAUCAAACGGUGGGCAGUGCGGACAGCUCCGGCUACUUCGGGGUGAGCUCUGGCCUCUCGAUGCAAAACCAGCCCGGCAGCAGCAGGUUAGGGAGUUCAGGGAACUUGGCGCAUCAGCAAAGCAGCGGGAGCUUAGGAAGCCCUGGAUACCUUCCUCAACACAACAUGGGAAGUUCCGGAUACUUGGCACAGACACAAAAUAUGGGAAGCUCUGGGUAUUUACCACAAUCACAAAACAUGGGUAGUUCGGGAUACUUGGGUCAGCAGCCUAAUUUAGGGAGUUCGGGAUAUUUGGCACAACAGCCUAACAUGGGCAGUUCGGGGUAUUUGGCACAGAAUUAUCAGACUAGCGGUGGGAUGGGAAGUUCUGGCUAUCUGGCACAAAAUCAUUACAGCAGUGGGAGCCUGGGGAGUUCGGGCUUCCUCGCACAGAGCGGGGGCAUCAUGGACCCCAAAAUGGCGUACGCCUGGCAGCACCUGAAGGCGGACUUCAUGCAACCGCGGAUCAACCACAUCCACAAGGCCGUGAACCCGCUCCUGGAGGCCAGUCGGAUCCAGCGGGAGCAGUACGGGGACAUCCCAAUGGCGGACAUGAUGGGGCCAGAGUCGGGACUGGACCUCCUCCACGGGCGGCUCCAGAGGGACCCACGGGGCAGUCGCUCCGACCCUCAGAUGGACCACCUGAGGCGCGAGCGGGAAUAUAAACUUGGCAGGCAGACGUCCAGCGAGCAGGAGAUCCAGGCCCGGCUGAACGAGCUGCCCAUGAUCGUGCGGCAGGAGCGCUACAGGAGACGCCUGGAGAGGCAGUCGUCCAGCGAGCAGGAGGGCAGCGGCAAGCAGAGGAUCCAGAGGCAAGACUCCAGUGAUCUGGAGGGGUCGGCGAAGGAGGGCUCCGACAAGCGCUCAGGGGAGAAGAGAUCCACCAUGGCAGAGAUCGUUGAGCAAGUCCAGGAGAGAGAAGCAGCACAUGCUCGAGGAGAACCCUACAGGCCUCCCAGCAGCCUCUCUGCACCAGUGACACGUUUCGACGGUCGCCCCCGAGCUCGCGAUCGGCCCAAGCCCAGGAGAAGGCCCCGCCCCAAGGAGCCGGAGGAAACGCGGCGCUCGCGCUCCGCCCCAGCCACCGGUGCCCCCACAACACCUCAGCCACCUUCACACACUGCCCAUAACGAAGGCUUCCUCUAUCGCAAGAAGGCCACCACCUCUGACCUCGAGGCUCAGCAGAGAAGCCCCAACAGUGGAAAGUCGUGGGUGAACGUUUACUGUGUACUCAAAGAAGGACUGCUGACCUUCUACAAGGACGCGAGGAACCACGCCACGACAUAUAACGCAGAACCUCCUGUUGACCUUAGUAACUGCUCGUUCGACCCCUCCAUGGGAUACAAGAAGAAGAAAAACGUCUUCAUUCUGCAAUUAAACGAUGGGAACAACUUUGUGUUCCAUGCAAAAGACGAGGAGGAUCUGAAGGCCUGGACUUCCAACAUCACCAUGUGUAUAUCCGAGCACGAUUCCAUGGCUAAGUGGGACAAGCCGGGCACUUCCUCCAUGGACGCUGACCGCUCCGAGCGCAAGGAGAAGUCGGAGGGAGACGCCGACGCCAGGUCAGAACCUUCCGAGCCGGCCGAAGGAGAGGAGCGGUCGGAGAAGGAGCGGUCGGAGAAAGGCGAGGGCUCCGAGAAGCUAGACACAUCAGAGAUCGCCGACAGGGUGGAAGGCGGGGCAGGGGGCUCCAGCACCUCCGGUAGAAGCAAAUGAGGGUCCGUCUGCGUUGGGACUGACUCGCACCUGAGGGGGAGGUGAGCGGGAGGCAAGGAUGGAGAGCAUGUACAGCCGCAGAACAACUGUGACAGACUCAUCUCUCGGCCCCUCCCCUUCACCUGGGCAAUACAUCAAUGCUUGCAUUGCGCCACCUGCUGGUAAGUCAGAGUCGCACUCUGGCCGACAGACGGUCCCAGGAAUUCUCCACCACCAUCGUCGAUCGUUUAACCUCCGAAUCACGGCAUCUCUCUCUCUCUAUGUAUCUUGACUGAAAAUGCAACAUCCCUGCGGACGAGCGGUGAAUGAAGCGUUUCACUCGAUUUAGAAAAAAAAACAACUUUUUUUGAAGCAAUAUAUUUUUUUUAUUUAUCCUCUUUGAUCAAGAGAGAAAAGGAGGAAACAGAGAUUCACAUGAGCUUACUGGGCACAUCUGUAUACUUCUCAUCGUACCGGCAUUUAACCUCCCACCACAUGGCUAGAUUAUAACGUGUUAUUAUACUGGAAUGCUGGUGUGAUGCACCCGACGUCAUCGGUGUCGACAAACACACUUUUCUACCGAUAAUUUCCGUUGAUAUUAUGAUUUGACCAAAUGAAACGUGACGCGUGUUGAGUAACACUGAGCCUAUACGACACAAUGCCUUUGUAUACAAAAUCAAAACAUUGCAUGAAGUUAGUCAGUUAGUGCAACUCGCCUUUGUUUGGGACUCGGUCGGACUGGAAAUGCAAUAAUCGGAUGUGAGUGAGGAGACGUGUCUCCGUCAUGGUCCACUUCCCCAACAUCCAGAGGUAAGUUUGGCACAAAGACAGCAUGUUUCUGUUGAGUUGUUCUGCAUUGUCACUGCUGGUUCUUUUUCACAGACUUAGAAAAGUUAGCGCCCCCUAUCCCUCCACUGCCCCCUAAAGUCUAAACUGAUAUGGAUCAAUCGCCCGAGGCAAGUCUAUAUGUAUAUACUAUCUUUGUAUGUGAACCCAUAAACCCUGAGGUCCAUACUGACAAUACUGGAAAUUCAAACAUUUGUAUGAAUCCACGUGACGCAGUCAUCUCUCCAAUAUAUUAUUACAUUACAAAUGAAAAUAUGCAAAUUAGGAAUAAAUAAUAGCAUAUCUAAGUACACUGAUAUAUAGUUGUAUUAAACACCAGGGAAGAGCAGCAGGACAUACGGCGAGUAUGCUUGUUGUUAUUUUUGUAUGCCGAUAUUUAUUCCGAUUCAGGAGAGGCCCCGCUGCCCAAAAUAAGAACUUGACAUUAUAACUUCAGUGUGUCUGUGAGACGUGCGUCCAUUUAUAUGUUCAGUCUGUCGCUGCUGCGGAUAAUCGAAUAGUCUGUUUGCCGUCCGUGUCACCUCUUUUCUAAAGUGUAUAAGAACAAUAAAACCGUCCUCAGUGUUGGUGAAUUGUGGCCAUGGUGAAGGGAAGCAGCUGAGAAUUCAUUCAAAUGUGCUUUUGGCUGUGUGGUUUUCUUUUUUUGAUUCUCUCAUGUUGCACCGCGAAUGUGUUUCAAACAAGACUUAUUUACGGUCUUCCUUUCUAGUAAAACACCAAAAGACGUGUUUGGGUUGACUGAGGAUUGUAGUCUCCGCAGUCGUCAGGUCGGUCCAGCGAGAUGUUAUGAUGUGAAUGUGAUGUUUAUUUUCAGGUCACUGUUUUAACAUAAGUGCCAUGUCCUGCAGUUUAUGGGAGGAGCGAACGCGGCGACCGGGGUCAUUGCAAUACAUCUUUUUAUCAUCCAAAUAGGAGCUAGAGAGUAUUUUUAUGUGGCUGUAAUCGUUCCACCUCAUUGCUCGUGGCAGAUAUUUAUCCAUCCAAGUGUUUGCUUUCCGAUCACUCAAGAAACACACACUGGGGUUCGGGGUUGGGGGGUUGUUUUCUGCCACCGUGUUAAUACAACAAACUUUCAAACUGGCAGCAGAAACAGUGACUGAAGAAAAUAAUAAUGUGCAAACUUUGUUUCCUUCAUCGAUGGUCUUAAAAGUGUGUAUGUCUUUGUUACUUUACAUUAAAACCUGCUGCUAUGACAUGAAAUAAACCUCCAAAUUUGCUGAUGCUAAAUUUGACGUGAAAUUCAUGUGGAUGCUGAAGCUUUUACUCUCACUCUCUCACAGACACACACAGGAAACAACAAAAUGUUUGUCCAAAUGACAUUCAGUCUGGUGUGGGAGAGACUCUUCAUCACCUCUGGGACGCUGCGUCCUACACAGGAAGUAGCUGUGAUAUGUGAGACUCAGCCGGUGAUUAAUAAUACAGCAUGCAUCGCUCAA